AAAUUCAGAUCGAAAGAAAGAAGGCAAGCCUUAAGUAAAGAUAACACAGUCUUGAUAUUUAUUAAUAGCCCUGUGGCCCUAAGUGACGUAUCUUGGCGCAGGCGCAUUUUGCCAUAUCGUAAGCGCUCGUGCGUCUGCAGCUGGAGACCGAGGCUCCUCCACGGAGAUCGCCUUUGUCCCUGCACAACACAAUGGCCAACAACCAGCGUCUUGCCUACUCUAUCAUCUCAUUCCUCCGGGACCAACUCACAUCAGGGGACCUGUCAUCAGAUGCACAGGAGAGCUUAGAGGUUGCAAUUCAGUGUUUGGAAACCGCUUUUGGAGUUUCUCUUGAAGACAAAACUCUUGCAGUUACACAGACACUUCCAGAAAUUUUUGCAGCUGCUACACUAACGGAUGCACCUCAGGUUACUGUUCAUACACCAGAACCACCAAAAGAGGAGGAUAUCACUGAAGCCGAACGUCUCAAAACAGAAGGCAAUGAACAAAUGAAGGCUGAAAAUUUUUCGGGAGCAGUGGACUUCUAUUCCAGAGCACUAGAGUUAAACCCAAACAAUGCUGUAUAUUACUGCAAUAGAGCUGCUGCACUAAGUAAAUUGGGCAACUAUGCAGGUGCUGUCCAAGACUGUGAACAAGCAAUCUCAAUUGAUCCAAACUACAGCAAAGCCUAUGGACGCAUGGGUCUGGCUCUUUCAAGUCUGAAUAAGCACAGUGAGGCAGUGACAUACUACAAAAAGGCACUGGAGCUUGAUCCUGAGAAUGAGUCAUAUAAAUCCAAUCUAAAGAUUGCGGAGCAGAAAAUAAAGGAGCUGCCCAGUCCUGUACCUGGUAUGGGAGGAGUGGAUCUGGCUGGAUUGCUCAGCAACCCAAGCUUCAUGAAUAUGGCAUCCAACCUAAUGAACAACCCACAAGUUCAGCAGCUAAUGUCAGGCAUGAUGUCUGGUGCUUAUGGUUCUAUGGGAGCAGCUGGAGCAAGUGCAGGACCUGGUUCUAAUGAUCUGUCCGGUCUAAUCCAGGCGGGGCAACAGUUUGCUCAGCAAAUGCAACAGCAAAACCCUGAGCUGAUUGAGCAGCUGAGGAGCCAAAUCAGGAGUAGGACACCUAGUGCCAGCAAUGAGGAGCAACCUUGACAUGUGAGAGGUUGGAAGGAUGUUCAGUUGUCGCAAGAUCUUCAGGAAGAAGCAGCAAACGAUGAAACAAAAUGAAAGGACAUGCAUGUCGGGGGCCCCACAACCCAUUGUCUUCAAAUGACUUAUCUUUUUUUAUAUAUGUAUAUAACUUCUCCACCCUCUGACAGUUCGGACAGUCUAGACUUGUGGAUCAGUUUGCAUAUCACUUGGCGUCAUUCUUUUGGCGCACUCUAAAACCCCCCUUUUUUUAAGUACUUAAUAUUAAUGUGACUCAUGGCCAUAUGCUGUGAAUUAAUUUGUGAAUACAGAAGAGGAUCAAAUGUUUCUCAUGCUGCCACUGCUCACAGCUGUACAUCCUCCCCAAGACAAGUGUUGUUUUGUACAGAAAGUAAAUAAUGGUGUUUUA